AUGAGGUGGGACGUCACCGACCCGCCGCUCCCGCCACGAGCGCCGAGGCUCGACCGAGCGCUCCAUCCGUCCAAACUCACGGUGCUCUCGUGGAACGUCAACUCCAUUCGCGCGCUCCUCGACAAGGACCCGGAUAUUCUCGACGAGGUGGCCGCGAGCGAAGACGCGGACGUGGUGCUGCUGCAGGAGACCAAGCUGCAGGAGAAGCACGUGCCGGAGAUGGACGCGAGGGUGUUGGCCAAGUACCCGUACAGGACGUGGAACUGUUCCACUUCGCGGCUGGGGUACUCGGGGACGGCGAUGUUUCUCAGACUGGAACCGACGCGCGCGCCGUGGCACGAUCCGUUCGAGAUGGACGAGUUCGAAGGGGAGGGCCGGGUCGUGUGCGCGGAGCUCCCGAACGUCUUCGUCGUCGGCGCGUACUGCCCGAACAGCGGCGAGGGUCUGGCGCGGCUUCGCGCGAGGACAAAGGAGUGGGAUCCGAGGAUGUCGGCGUACCUGUCGUCGCUGCAAGCCUCCGCCGGGGGUAAACCGGUCGUCUACUGCGGCGAUCUAAACGUGGCGAACGAGCCCAUCGACCUGUGGGGCAACCACGCCGCGAACUCGCUCGCUUCGGGGUACACCCCCGAGGAGAGGGAUUCGUUUAAGCGCUUGCUGCUCGGGCCCAUUCGCGACGGGGGUGCCGGAUUGGUGGACACGUUUCGAGAGGCGCACGGAACAGACGCGAAGGCGUUUACCUACUUUAGCUACCGCGCGGGGGCGAGGCCGAGGAACAGGGGUUGGAGGAUAGACUACGCGCUGGUGAGCGAGUCUCUCCGUGGGGAGGUUCACGACGCGUUCAUCCGCGGCGACGUGGGCGGGUCGGAUCACUGCCCCAUCGGCGUCGUCGUCAAGCUGCGGGAGUAG